AUGGCUACGUACGCAUUGAAAAUACUUAUCUCAAAUGUUUAUAUAUUAUUUGUGACAUUAUGUUUUGUUCUCAGAAUUCAAUCUACAUUUCUUAAUAUUGAAGAGCUACAAAAAUCAAAAUAUGGUGUAGAAAUUUCUGCACUGCCAGUACUUUUAAAUAAUCAGGUAAUUAAAGAUUAUGUCAAAUAAAUAGAGUGAGUGACUAUUUAUACUAUUAGAUAAUUAACUUUCAAGAGUUUGUUACAUUGUUUAUAUCACCCCAAGGUCGAGUCAUGAGCCAGUUUGGAAAGUUUGUAUCGCGCAACCGAGAUAUCAGGCGCGCAAUUUUGAUGCUUUCUAUAUAUUUAUUAUUAUUAAAAUUUUAAAAUCUUGCAUCUGUAUGCAAUUUCCAAACUUUCCAGUCCGGGUCAUGAGUGGAGUUGAGUUUAUACUUGGAGGUAGAGUCAUGAGUCGAGUCAUUUCAGUGUCUGAUUGACUGAUCCAGUUGAGUGGAGUCAGUGGCUCGAGUCGAGUCAAGAUGCAGCUGAAUUUGAGCUGAUCGAGUCAGACAAUGAGAUCAAGUCCAUCUCACACUUAAUAGAAUAUUUAAUUCCAUUGCCAUAACUGUAAUCAUUUUAGUCAUUUAAUAACUGUCUAGGCAGCUAGACAGUACCAAUAUAACAGUUCUACUUGAUAAUAUUAAAGAUGAUGUCCACUCCGUUCUGCGCAUCAGUUCUGCUCAUAACAAAGGGGGACCCCCAGAUAUAAACAUUGCCCAAAUUUUGCAUAUUUCGAACUUUUUUGAAUUGAAACGUAGAGUUUAUAUUCAUUUACAAGCAUGGCAAAUCAGAAAAGUGUUAGUUAUUCAGUUACUAUAUCAUAUUUUACAAAUAUAGCAGUUCAAAACGUAAACAAAGUUUGCACAUGCGCACACAAGUGGACAUCAUCUUUAAAACCAUAAAUUCAUUAUUAAUAAAAGUAUAUGAAAUGUUUAUUCUUGAAUAGGAAUGUACGUAAUAAAACCUAGAAUAAGAAGUGCAACAGGGCCAUAGCGAAGGGAUUAACCCCCAACUUUUUUAGAAUUAACAUAUUCAGAAAAUCGGGUUGGCCAUUCGGAAAAUUACGCCAUUGUGGUUACAUUUUCAUGUCACACAGUCACGAAAUAUGAUUGGUUAGGAGGUUAGGGAUAGGGAUUGGAUUAGGUUUCGUGAUUGUGUGACAUGAAAACAUAACCCUAAUUGUAUUGUCAGUAUAAACUGUCUGAUGUACAAAAUCAUGGCAUUUACAUGGAUAACAAUUUACAAAUCGUAAAUCGGUAAAUGUUUUUCGGUUUAUUACUUCCAUAAUAUGUCUAUGCGUAAAAUUAUAUGCAUACUUUUAUUUGUAUUUGGUCAAUAAUUGACUCAGUCCUCUCAAGAAACCCUUAGAAACUUCAAAUCUGGUAAUUUUUAUCAGUGCGGAUAUUAUUGUAAAUUGUGGCUUAUAUAUAUUUUAAUCAUCUUAUUGACAAAAUGACAAUUUUACCUAUUUUAUACCAGAAAAUGCAUCUAAUAAAAAACGGCUUUAAUAUUUAUAAUUUAUUGCAUCUUCAUUUUCCGGAUAGGAAAUACCUGAGUUUGUGGCUUCGUAUGCCAUGAAAGAUUCAGAAUUUUUUCGUCAUUCAGAAAUUUUUGCCCCCCUCCCCCCAACUAUACAUGCUAGCUAUGGCCCUGUAGAGACUGUGAGUUUCUCAUGAAUAUUCGAGAAAAAGAGACAAUGACUGUGUGGUUCCCGUGAAUAUUACUGUAAGGCACCUCACCAUUGUGGAAAAAUGGAAUAAACGUUGCAGCUACUGUGUUCAAUAAAAAAUAAGAUACUUUAUCACAACCUUUUUACACUGCAUAUUUCAGGAUAAAGACGGUAGUAUCAUGCGGAUUACGUCAAAACAUGGUCAACAGUAUCAAUGUGUUCUCCCUAUUGUUCACUUUGAAACAAAAGAAUCAAGUGCAAUUAAUAUGACAGCAGAAGAAAUUAACAAAUUAUUGCAGCCAUUGAAUAAUACUUGUCUAUUCCAGGUGAGGAUACAAAACAGUUUGUGAAUAAAAGUGGCAUUAGUAAUAUUAUGGUGUGCCCUAACAAGUAAUAGUUCAAAUACGAGAAAGAGGACUUUACCAGAAUUUCAAAACAUUUGAGUGCAUGAAAUGUGAGUACUAGGCCUAGGGUGAGGCGGUUUUUCCGUAAACCGAGAAAAAAACGAUGUUUUUUGAAAGGCGAAAUACUCAAUGUUAUUUGUUGAGAAAAACUGCAAAAAAACCGGGGCCUGGGGGGAAAACGGAAAAAAUCGAAGAAAAAUUGAUAUUUUACUAAAAUCGAACCAUACUUAUACGCAUUUGUUGCAAAUGAAUCAAGUUUUGGAAUUUACACACGAAAAACUAAUGUGAUUUUGUUUGAAAUUUGAUAACGUCUUCAAAAUACCUUACGGUACAUUUAAAAUACCAUUCUACAGUUUCGCGCGAGCGUGAAGUCUUGAACGGAUAAAGCUUGUUAUGUCACACAUUCGUUGAAGCUUUUGAUGAAUGUAUAACGUGUUUCUUGGAUCCAAGACAUAAGACUGACUUUUUAGCAGUGGAUACGUACAACGAUGACGUCGACUUAAUACAACCCAACUUGAUGAAGUAAAGGAAGAGCUCUUGAAUGCCAUUUUUCUGGAGUUACACGUUGUUGUUGAAGAUGAAGAUGUCCUGCCUGUGUUGCGAAGAAAGCCAAACUGAGUCUUGGAGCGUUGACGAGCCUCAACUACUCAAGAAAUCUGAAAAAACAUCGUCAUCGCCCGCUGCAUCCCCGCGUAGCCGUCUAUCCAAAGAGAUUGACCGCUACAUCUCAGCAUUCCCAGUGAUUGACGGAGAUGACGAUCCACUUCAAUGGUGGAAAUUAGAUGCAAAGGAACUACCGUUGCUCUGCCAGUUAUCCAGAAGGUAUCUUACCAUCCAACAGGCACAGAUUUUCUGGGGGGUUGGGUGGUGUGCAUCCCCCAGAAUUGAUUUGCACCCCCCAGAGGCAUUUGGCACCGCCCCCAAAAGUUUUUGCACCCCCGCAAAUUAUAUAUAUUUUGAUUUGAUAGUUUCAUAUAUUUUUUUUUUCUGUGUUGGUGUAGUGUACUCAGGUGAAUAUGAUAUUUGUGGUGUUACUCUGCAUAUUUUUCAGGCUCGCCCGGUGUGGAUGUACACUCAGAGUAACACCACAAAUAUCAGUUUCAUAUUUGAUUAUUCUUACUACUAAAUUUGUAAAAUUACCAAUAUUAUGGUCUCAGAUCUUGCCAUGCAGGCCUAGAAAACAAAUUUUGUUAAACUUUUUCCUUGGCCUUUCCGGGCGUUGCCACCACGCCCCGGCCAAAGCAAGUAGCAGCACCCCCCUCCCCAGAUAUUUAUCCCCCCCCGAACGAAAAAAUGAAAAUCCGUCUCUGCCAUCCAAGCAGUUCGCCGUUGGAGAGACAAGUUAGCAUGCAGGGACGAACACAACUUAAACUGGAGAAAGUUGACAAACUUGUAUUCCUGGCGGAGAACUUAUCAAUGUUUAAAUGUUUUAAAAAUAUAAUGUUUUUGAAGUUGGUUCAAAUAUGAGACACAGGACUUUUGCAGGCUUUCAAAGUCCUUGUACUCACUAGCGUGAAGCGGUUUCUACAAAAAAAACUGGCGAAAACCGACCAAAUAAAUCCGAAAAAAACGAGUGAACCGGGUUUUUAAAAAAUACGUUCGAAAAUCGAAACUACGGUAAAAAAGACACAACACGCUAUUCAGUACUCACACAAGACUUGCGGUUUCAAAAACAAUUAUAUUGACUCUGGCUACAAAGUACAAAGGAACAUGCAGUGUUUAAGAUAUAAUAUUAACAAUAAACUAUAUAUCUAUAUGUACAAAUAUUGCGUAAACCACUAUUUAUUUUGUUUUUGGUCAUAAAUUACUGAUGAGUUGAGAAUUAAAUUUCGGGGUAUGAGGCAGAUUUUUUUGGCCUUUGCCCUUUGGGCAAGAUGUUUAUGACUCAUUCUUAAUUUGUAUAGUUCAUUGUCUUUUAUUGUUAUGAUCAACCAAUCACAAAGCCCGUUCAUAUUAGUAUUUGGUGGCGACCCUAUAGAAGAAUUUAUUUAAACUUCCACUAGCCCCCCUUUACAGAUUUUUACUAUUUAGAGCUCAGGGAGGACAGGGGUUUAAUCCUGUUUUCCCACGCAAAAUCCCGGCAGCACAUUUCAGUUGCAAAUCCCAUUCAAAUCCCAGCUCUCACUGUUACCCGUUUACUAGUCUAGGGAUGUGCUGGAUCCGGAUACCAGUGUCUGGUAUCCGGUAAAAAUUAGACAUCCGGCACUUCCGGUUAAAACUUGCCAGAUAUUUACCGGAUAGUACUGUAAAAUAUUUUGUUACAACCAUGAAAUGGAAACGUUUACUGGGCGAUUAAAAAUUGUGAAACAUGAACAAUUAUUACUGAGCGUUCACUGCAUUACGGCGAAAUUACGACAUAUGUUUUUCGUGAGUGGUGAUAUAUACUGAAUACCAGUAAACAGUGUAACGUGAAUUAUAAGAUAUGGCUUUGGUAAAGACAAAUAGGUCAAAGACAGAGGUCAAAGAGACAAAAGCUCUUGAAGUUAUUGUAUUAAAUACAUUGCCACAUUGGACUAGUUAAUUAAGUUAUAAAAUGUUGUGUUAAUAAUAAUAAAUUAUUGUAUGGGAGUUUGAUCUGGUUGUUAUCCGGUAUCCAGUUAUUAUCCUGUAACCGGUUAUCAUUUUCUGCUGACCGGUAUCUGGUAGUCUAAGACUACUAUCCGGUACUAUCCAUGCAGUAUGUGGCAAAACAGUAUCUGGCACAUCCCUACCGUUUUCAAAUCUCUUCAGUUAUGUUUAUACUAUUUCAUAAUAUUUAGUUAAAUGGUUGGUGGUCAUACAGAGUUUGUAUCGGAAGAUCCAUUUUUCAAUAUCAUGACGAAGGUAACGUAAAUCACCUUUAUCGAUAGACAAUUCCCAUUAUAGACUAAUUUUAAAACUAGGCAACGAGAUGAAAAUAAAUCACCACAGCUAGAAAGAGCAUACUAAAAUGAGUAAAAUUGCAAAGUUUGGUUGCGAAAUGUUGUAAAAUGCGCAAAAUAUAGGCUUGCAAACUACUUGCAAGCUAUCAUUUUCGGCCCAAAUGUGGUAGCAAUUUCCGCACGCAAUACAAAAGUAUACAAAAUUUGCGAACUUUGCAAGGCUAUAUUUUGCGCAGUUUACAACAUUUCGCAACCAAACUUUGCAAUUUUACUCAUUUUAGUAUGCUCUUUCUAGCUGUGGUGAUUUACUUGCAUCUCGUUGCCUAGUUUUAAAAUUAGUCUAUAAUGGAAUUGUCUAUUGAUUAAAAUAAAUCCUAAUCUGGACUCUCUAAUCAAUGAAAAAAUGCGUUACUAUAGGACAUCAAGUGAAGGAUAACAUUAGCCUUGGUCAUUUUUCUGGAAAUACUGAUUGGUCAAAUGUUACUAUAAAGGUAUAACGACUUAUUUCCUAAACGAGGAGUUACAGAUAUAAUUUCAUUUUUUGACUUUCAGUUUUGUUUUAACAUUGAAUGUAUCAUAAUGUCCCUCAUUCAAUUUAGGAAGAAACAAGAGGCGACAACAGGUAUCACAGUCAAUUUUAUAAUAAUGGAACAGUCUGUGAUCUGACUGGAGAGCCACGGACAACUGAAAUCAGGGUAAUUUACUAAUUAAUAGAUUAUUAAUACUGUAGAUCUAUUUAUAAUAUAGAAUUUGUAAUUCUGAACGCUGAUUGGCUAAGAGCAGUAUAUAUAUGUAAGAGCCAUAUAAUGUCAACACGGAAAAUUUCUUUAUAUUUAUUUGCGUUAUAUUAUAAAACAAAUAUAAAACUUUUUCCGUAUUGAUAUACAGUUAUAUCAACACUCGUGGAAAUUGGGAAAACUCUCGUUUUCCCAAUUUCCACUCGUGUUGAUAUAACUGUAUAUCAAUACGGAAAAUGUUUUAUAUUUGUUAAAUACGCAACGCGCAACUUGUGACAAACCUGCUGCAGAAUUGUACAUUACCAAUGCCGUUUCAAAAGCUUGUUAUCAUAGGAUGUGUUCGCACCACUGAUCUGAAAUAAGACUGGAUAAAGCAUCUGCUGUGCAUAAGUGAAGCCAAUGGCGGCCAUAUUGGCUAGUGGGAAAGGACAAAUAUUGCCUAGAUAAGAAUUUAUCAUCAGUAGCCUCAAUUUGCCGGUGAAUAACUAAUGGGGGCCAUCAAAUAUGUUUGGACAUUCAGAACGCGAGUUACGGCGUUUUGAAAAUUUUCUGCCCACUAUAUGGUUUAUCUGUCCACUAUUAGGUUUGUCGUGAAUUUUCUUUCCAAGGUGACUGAUUGAGUUACCAAUGAAGUGAUCUAAUUAAUACCCUAUGCAUGUUACGCACGUUAACGGAGGUGGAUAGUGAAAAACAUUCUAUAGCUUAAAAUCAAUAUAAAAAGUUUCCCGAAUGUGAUUUUAGUAAUUUUACUUUUUUUUAGUUUUUCUGUGGUUCACAAACUACUGAUUUGAUAUCAAGAAUUGACGAAAGCUCCACCUGUAAUUACGUCAUCAACAUACACACGCACAAACUAUGCAACCACUCCUUAUUUCGACCUCCAGCCAAGCCUAAGAAACACAGUAUCACGUGUUCACCCGCUCUAAAGGAGGAUCAAUACAAGAAAUACACAGAGGCUCAGAAUAGGAAGUCAGGUAUAUACUUUUACUACAAAUCUACAAUCUUGGCUAAUAAUGGUAGAACGACGGAGGUUUUUCUUCUUGUAUAUCACUUCCUCCCCCCUCCCCCCAUUCAUGUUGUUUUACGUUUCCAACUAUGAUAGCUGGAAAUCGUAGCGCAAGACGUUCACUACUACUCUUAUAGAUCAGUGUUGUGGAACUUGUGAUUCCACCGUCUGGUUCAUUCAAUAAACGCUCAAGGGACUGUAUUUUAUGAUUGUAUUGAUUGUAUUAUGUGAGAAAGUAUUUAGAACGUGGGUUUUAGACUGUUAAACAUUCCGAUUGUCUCGCUACGAUCUGACAGCAACAAUGACAUUCAAUCACUCCCUAGCUAUUUGAUUACCCUACCAAAUUACAAUGUUUCACUGUAACGUAUCAAUUUACACGUACAAAGACUUAUUUACGAUUUAGUUUGAAUUACGUCGAUCACAAUAUUGAUAUAUUACAUGAAGUAUAUUUACAGUUGAAUGAAUUGGCGGCGUUGUGCUGGGAACCUACGACAAUCAGUGUUCUAUAGAACGUUUUAUACGAAGCUUAUAUUGAGCCGAUUAUACGAAGCCUAUUGAGCUUAUAUCAGGGUGAUUGUGGCCGAAUUUGUAAAGAAAUUUAUUUAUUAUAUUUAUUUAUAUACCAAGUGUUAAAGUUCAUGUUUUCUUGCUUCUCAUUGGAAAAGAGCAUAUAAAUUCGACUGUCUUCUGGAAACAGCUCUUGGCGGUAGACACUAUUAAAUUCACUGAUAAAUUCGUGUAGUUAUAAAGCGAAAAUUAUGGUUAAUUUAAUUUUCCAGUUUCUUUUUGUUUUUCCGCUUCGGGAAACAUUGGCAGUCUCAGGUUCACAAAACAUACUGUUUCCCUCGGUCGCAGACAAAUAAAAUUUCUUAACCUGACUAGAACAAUUGUCAGUAACAUACGCUCAGCAUCCGAAACGCGUUAUUAAUUGUGUUUCAAUUGCGUUCCUAUACACUGUACGAGUUACGUUCUAUUUUGCGUUAUAGUCAAGCGGGCCGGUUUCCGAACGAUUUCGAAACGCAAUUCGAAUACGAAAUCAGUGACCUAAUAAAUAGCCUGGCGUGAUUGACUUAUAGUCUCAUUAAUUAUUCAUGAAAUAAGUUUACUUAAGCAAUAAGACAAUAGACAGAUUUAGGGGCCGAUUACAUGGAGCAUUUUCAACCCUGGGUUUGAACUCAGCCCUGUUGCCGGUGUCACCGGGUCGAAACUUCAGCCCUGUCUGUAAUACAAAACUCUAUCAAAAUCAAACGCGCGAUUAGAUGACAAAAUUUUCAACCCAGGGCCGAGUUCAACACCGGGGUUGUAAUUCCAACCCUCAUGCUUGAGCUAGCCCUGGGUUGAAAAUUUUGUCAUGUAAUCGUUUCAACCCAAUUUAACCCAGGCCUGAAAUUAUUCAUGAGUUAUUCGAGCAUGCGUGGUACUAACUAAUGAGUUACAAGAAAACAAAAUGGAGGCUAUAUGCAUGGAGCCGCUUUUUUUUUUACUUCCGGGAAUCAAUGCCGGAAAUGUAUAGUAUAGCAUUGCAACCCCGGGUUUGAAAUCGUCCAGGUAAUCGCAAAAAAAAUUCAACCCGGUCAACAGGGCUGAGUUCAACCGGUUUUCACUUGUUUCCAUCUACCAAACUCAUGACAUUGCGUAAUUUGAUCAAUUUCUAAAGUUGUUUCUUUCUGGAUUUUUUUAUUAAUUUGAUUAGGCUUAGUGUUAAGGUUGCGGUUAGGGUUAGGGGUUAGAGUAGGGGUAGGGUUUGGGCUAGUUACAUAGCCAUUUAACACCUCUUCCAUCUUCUGAAAAUGACGUUACGUCAAUUUCACAGAUGGAAACUAGUGCUAACCAGUUCAACCCCGGGCCAGUGGCGCCGGCAGGAUUUAUUUUUUGGGGGGCAAAUCAUUCGAGUGCCAAAGGCACGAGCUUACUAGGGGGGUUCGGGGGUAUGCCCCCCCGAGAAAAUUUUGAAUUUUGGGUGUCUAAAACCGCAUUUCCUGCGUCUUGGAGGCACUUUAAGACAAACAUAAAGGUUUUAAUAAAUCACUUUUUUAGUAGAUCGGAACAUAAUUGAUUUCCAUACAAUAUAUGAAUCAAAUGUAUUUUUAAUAAAACCAAGAAUGAAAUGAAGAAUUUAAUGUUAUAAUACAUAUUUAGUACAACGACGGGGAGCUGCGUCGGUAAAUCGUUCAACGAGUCCUUCGAUGUCGAGGCCCCGACAAAUGUCAGAUUCCACGGACAUGAGCAUCAGCGAUUCUAAUCGAUCUUGCCUCAUCGUCGACCUCAGGCGAUUUUUUAUUAUUUUCAGCUUGGAAAAUGAUCUCUCAGCAGAUGCUGAUGUCAAAGGGAGAGUAAGGGCAAUCUUAAUAAUUUUUGACAAAUUGGGGAAGCAUUCGGGUUCUUGAAGAAGUUCGCGGUAUAAAUCAACCAAAGACGGCUUUCGUUCUUUCGUUUCCUUGGCCAUUACACGCAACCGUGCACUUGACAACCAAAUAUUUACACACCGCACCCCCCCCCCCUACGACAUCGGAUUUGGACAAAUCCAAAAACCCACUCUGGAGAAUAUUGGGGGGGCGGCUGCCCCCCCUCGCCCCCCCUUGCCGGCGCCACUGCGGCCCGGGCUUGAAAGUGCUCCAACAAAUUUGACGACACGGUCUCAAUUUCAGCUCAAGAUUGAGAGCUAAGGAAUUUCAUUAUUGUAAUAAAUUGAAGCUUUUUAAAAUAACCUUAUACAAACGUCUAAGUUCGGGAAAUACGGUCCGGUGUCUGCUACGAGGAAGAUUUUAUUUCUCCAACGUCGCAACAAGCAUUCAUGUUGCUCCAAUGACGUGAAAAUCUUAGUUUAACAUUGUGUUUUGAUUUUCAAACUUUUUUGGAAGGCGCGUCUUUCAGUUCGCGUCGCGUGUUUUCUAAAUCAGUCUAAUAUUAUAGUUGAAUGAUUUAUUGAAUGAUUUAUUGAUUUGGUUUCCGCCUGGGUUUACCACAAUACAAAUAAGUAACAGUCAAUAUAUAUAAGUAAAUGUAUAAUAAUAAAGUGUUAUUAUAAAUAUAUAUAAGUUGAUAGAAAAAACAAUAAUUUUGAACAAAAAGUGGUGAGGAAGCCCAAAUAGAAACCAAGAGGCUUAUAGGAAUUUGGGCUACCUCAUGUUAUGUUACUGUAUAUUAAAUACAGAUUUUACAAAAAAAGCAUCACGUGACGUAUUUGAAAGAAAUAAGUUAUUGAGAUUAUAUAUAGUGCGAAAAAAGAAACAAUACAGAUGAAGAGUUACGUAUAUCGGGAUUCAGUUGAAUGCAUAUAUAGUUGCAACUAUAAUUUGACUUGUACUUGUAAAUUAUCUUGAUGUUUUACCGUUUAGGAAAAACAAUAGAGGAUGACCAGCCUGUAUCUGACAGUGACGAGAAAGAUAAACACAGCAACAACGGACGUUUUCCAAAUAUCGCAGAUGCCUUGGCUAAGAUGUAUCAUAAAGAAAAUAUCAAAGAAACUGAACAUGGUCAUGAACUAAAAACAAAAGAGGAAAAGACGAUGAACAUGAUGAAAGAAAUCAUUGCUAAAUCUAUGAAACAGAUUGAGAAGUUGAAGCGAGGAGAUAAUCCACUGGAUGACAGUAUGUAUAUACCAUAGAUAUCUUAUAUACACUAGAUAGUGCAUCUAAUUAUUCUACAAUUCAAAAAUUGAAGCCGUGAUUGCAGACUCAGGAUAUUCCCAUGAAAUGAGAAGAUUCGUCUGUUUUCUAUUUCAUAAACACGGAAUUUAAAUAUUAAGGUAAACCUAUUCCAAAUACAUUUUUAAACUAUUCAAAUGAUGAAAGUUAUUGUUGUUUUUAAGCGUAUAUUAGCGAGUGGGAAACACCAACAUGGCCGCCAUCUAUUCAAAUGGGGGUAACCGCUGGAAUAUUCUUGGCUUCAAUUUUACUAAAAGAGAUGCGCUAUCUAGUCUAUAUAAGAUAUAUAUGGUAUAUAGGCUACUGUAGAUUAAUGAAUGUAGGGGGUAACUAUAUGUAAGGCAUUGUGUCGGUAUGAAUGUUGAAAUCUUUGUGCUGGUGCUGGCAAUUUUCAGAAAUGCAAAAGAAAACAUAUACGUCGAAUGAAGGCAUCUUGUACGUUUGCUGUCACACAGAAAUCAACGAUUUAUUCACUUACGUCAGACUUUCUUGCCAUCCUACUUUUUCCUACCUUCCUUCCACUUUGAUUUUCCUCCUGUUUCUCAUAAAAUAAUAGCAGAUGACUGCAUGUUUCUCAUAAAAGACUGUUUCUCAUACUAUUUCAUACAUAGUUUCUCAUAUGUUACUUUUUAAGACGGCUUGGGGGAUAAUUAUGUUAUUAUUUUAACUCCUUGUGAAUGUUUCGUUUAGAUGAAGAAGAAGCACAUUCUGAAGAAGUAUCUGAUAAUGAAGAUAGUGAUGAUGACGGAGACGAUGAUGACGAUGAAGGUGACGAGGAAGGUGACGAGGAAGGUGAUGAUAUUUAUGAGGAAACAAGAAACAAAAUAUUAAAAGCAAAAGGGAAUGGGAUGAAAAUGACUAUAGAUGACGCGGACACAUAUGAUGAACAAGUAGGAGAAGAUGUAGAUGAUAAUAUAGGGUGGGAUGUGGAUACUACGGAUGAUGAUAAUACAGAUAUUGAAGGAUCAUCGACUUUGUUCGAAAAGAUCAAUAGUUUCUCUAAUAGUAAGAAAGACAAGAAAGGUGAUCAAAGUGAUUAUUACCAAGAGUUAAUCGAACAUCUGAAGUUACAAUUCCGUUAUUUUAAGAAGCAGCUUGAUUCCAUCAUAAAUGAUUUGAAGAAAAGAAUCAAAAUAUCAGAAGGUUCCGUAAAUCCAGAUGUCAAGGCAUUGAUUGACACUACAAAGAAGUCCCUGAAAUAUUUUGAAAAUAAGCAGAGGUACCGCCUUUUCCCAAACUGAGGUUUUUUUUUACUUCUAAAUACAAUCUAACAGAUACGUACUCCGGAUACUUCUAAUCAACAGAUACUUAUUUAAGUUCCCAAACGUCAUGCCAUUAUAUUCCUUUUAUAUUUAAUACAGCGGUGUCUGUAAUCAGAUAAUCGAAUUUAUUAUAUAGUAGAGAGUGAGAUACUGAAAAAUACACAGUGAGAUAUUUAUCAUAUCUUUACUAGUAAAGAUAUCGAUCACGUGACUUUUUCCAAUUUGCUUUUGAGCGUGAAAUUUCACAAUUUUUUGCUUGGGACUAUAUAAUAAACAGAACAUUACACGGUAGCUUGAAGAUAUGACUUUUAUCUUCUCGUGUUAAAAACAAUAUUUUACUUACUCACUGCGCUCGUUCGUAAAAUAUUGUUUUCACCACUCGAAGAUAAAAGUCGUAUCUUCGCGCCGCCGUGUAAUAUCCUCUAUGUAUAUUUGUAUGUACAUAUCUUUCGUUGGUUUAAACAUAUAAUAAUAGAGAUCAAACAUAUUGCACAUAUGCCUUAUUUCAGAAGGAGAGAAAAGAUUUCAUUUUUAAUUUAGUAAGACCUUUCACAAGUCGAUACGCAGUUUUAACUAGGAAGAAUCUACCAGAAUAAAAAGUUAUGUCAGCACCCGAUACUACUCGAAAAUAUCUCAAAUUUGUUGCACUGGAUAUAAACCAUUUGCAGAAUUCCUGGAGCGGCGAAGCAUUAUACAUGCAUAGCUUCGAAAUCAUUCUUUUGAAAACAGACAGAACGUAAGGUCUGGUUUACACUAUCAAAGUUUCUGUGAUCACAGUAGGAAUUUUGCAUCGGUAAAUUCUAUGUUUUGUCUUGAAGGAUUUGUGAGAAAUUUUGAGGGAAUUGUCUGAGAAAUUUUGAGGGAACUGUCUCAUUAUAUCCGUUGAAGAUACCGAAGCAGCAUCACUUUCAACUAAACUCCACUCCGCUGCUGGUCCCGACGAAAUGUCGGCGUGGUUUCGGCUUGGUGAGAACGCAUCCACUUUGUGUCGUCCACUAACCUCCAUUUUCAAUCUGUCCCUCCGUCAAGGCUUUGUCCCUUCCUUGUGGAAAUCAGCUAACGUUUCACCAGUACCCAAAUCUUCUCCCGCUCAAGACAUCGACUCAGACUUUCGUUCCAUCUCCCUCACGGCCAUUGUUAGCAAAAUUCUGGAGUCGUUUCCUUACCGCUGGCUUUUCCAAUCAAUCCUUGGGAAGAUCGACCCUCUUCAGUUUGGCGCUCUACGAGGCUCAAGCACAAGCAUGGCUCUCGUCCACCUCCUCCAUAAGUGGUACGAAGCAUGCGAUGACCUUGAUUCAUCAUUACGGAUCUGCCUGUUAGACUUUUCAAAAGCCUUUGAUCGGAUCGAUCAUAACGUCUUACUGAGAAAGCUUCAACAAAUGGUCGUACACCCAGUUCUCAUUAAUUGGAUUGCCGAUUUCUUGUCUAACAGAUUACAGAGGACAAAGAUUGGUCAGGACUACUCUGCUUGGAAGUAUAUUCAAGCUGGCGUUCCACAGGGAACAAAACUAGGUCCCUUACUUUUUUUAAUCAUGGUAAAUGAUCUAAAACCGGCUCCAGUCCUUGUCAAAUUCGUUGACGAUUCUACAACGUGGUAAGUUCUGCACAGAGACUCCCAAUCCAAUCUCUCCUCAGCCGUGAAAGUGUGCGAAGAGUGGACAUGUGAUAGUAACAUAAAGUUGAACGCUUCGAAGACGAAAGAGAUGCGCGUGAACUUCUCGUCCAGUUCUCCCUCUUAUCCACCAAUUGUGAUCAACAAUCAAACAGUCAACAUCGUUACGCAUGCCAAGCUAGGCGUUACCAUCUCGAAUGACUUGAAAUGGAACUUGCACGUAAAUGCCAUCUGUAAGAAGGCUUCCAAGCGUUUAUACGCCCCACGACUGUUGAAAAGAAACGCCCUUCCGGACUCCGUCCUAGUCAAGGUUUUUCGCGCGAGCGUUAGACCUAUCCUUGAGUAUGCAUGCGAAGCGUGGCACUACAACCUCCCUGUAUACCUUAAUAACCGAAUAGAACAGAUCCAGAAAAGAGCUCUCCGAAUUAUCUAUCCUUCCUUCACCUAUAGUCAAGCGAUGCUCACAGCCAACGUUCCAUCGUUGUACGAUCGCCGAAGCACCCUUUGCGAGCGUCUUUUCGACAGAAUGCUUGAUCCAGGGCACAAAUUAAACUCGUUCGUUCCAGCUCUUAAGAUUAACGAACACAAUCUACGCCAUAAUAGGUGUUUUAAGGUUCCAGUUUGUAGAACUGAUCGCUACUACCAUAAAAGUUUUAUACCGUCUGUAGCAUCAUUAUAUGACAUGAAACAUUUUUAACUCUCAACUUUUAAUAUUCUUAAAUCGUAUGUUAUUACAUCACUCUAGUUACAGUUUUUUAUAGUUGUAACCAUUGUAACUUCUACUUUUAAUAUUCUUAAAUCAUAUGUUACUACAUAUUCUUAGUUAUAGUAUCUUACAGUUGUAAAACCAGUGUAAGUCAGUUUUAACUGCAAAAUUGGUUGUCAAUAAAACGAUUACGAAUCGUGUUUGACAUUAAGUCAGUUCCCUCAAACAUUUCUUAAAAAUCCUUCAAAACUUAGAGUUUACUUAUGCAAAAUUGCUACUGUGGUCACAGAAACUUUGAUAGUGUAAACCAGACUUAAAAUUCAAAAGAAAUGUAUGUAUGAUGGCAGGCGCCAGUAAUUCUGUAAAUGGUCUAUAUUCCCAGAUAGGAGUGUUCCGCCCUCGGGGCGUUGGGGUAUACAUUUUUGGGUCACGGUUAUAUAUAUAUAUAAUCUAUUAAAUAUCAAGUAAGCAGUUGUUUUUUGCUAUAUCAUUAUAUAGAGUUGCAGAGGAUGCGAUGAAACGACUUGCUGAUCUGUACGAUGCAGUUAUGGAAGAUUCAGAUUAUAUAAAAGCGAAAGAAGAACUUGCUAGUAUCAGAGCAACAUUGGUUGGCUUGAUCGAUAAAGCGAACUCAAAAUCUGAACCAUUAGAACCUAAUAAUGAUGAUAAUCAUGAUGAUAAUAUUGACGAGAGUGGAGAAAGAAAGCGCCAACCUUACAAACCAUCAGAGGAAAUUUUUGAACCUGACAAGAAAACCCAAGGUUUUGAUAUGGAAAAACCGAACCUAGAUAAAGUAGUUUCAAAGUUGAAGAAAAUCAUGACCCGCGAGAAUGAUGAUGGAGAUACGGAUGGAGAUGAUCGUAUCAAUGUUCGAGUGACUAAGAUCAAAAAGAAGUCUGAAGAUCUCUAUGAUGAUAAAGACUUUGAGAAAUCAUUCAUAGAAGAUAAUGAUGAGAAUCAGUUGAAUGAGAUAAGUGAAAAUGAAGAAAUGAGAGAAGCAACAAAAAAGAUGGAAAGGAUGGUGCGCAAACAGCUCCAGGAUGCUGGGGUCCAUCACGAAGGUUUGUAAGGUUUAAUUUUCGUUUUCUCAGAUUUCACUGCAGCGCGUUCAUCAACCCUGUCCUAGAGUACUUUGCGUAUAAGAUACUAAAGGAAGUAACCUUCUGGUGGCAAUUGUUUGGUGAGGUUGGAUGAAUCAUUAUACAACAUUUAAUCCAUUAAGUUGCAUUGCGCCGUACUUUAUUUUACCGGCUUUGUCAAAACGCCUGUCGAUUUACUCAUCAAGUGGAUUUGUUAACAUUUGGUCUAACACUUUUAAACUUUCUUACAAACGUACAGAUGUACAGUCCCCUUUCUCACCCAUUCCCACAACAAGUACUUCACUAUCAAGUACCCUGGAUAAGCCCGGAGAGCGCCUGCAUUGCAGGCUACCUGUUUUUAUCCUGUUUAAAUUAAUUAUUGAUUUCUAGGAAAGAUUAAAGUUAAAAUCGUCACAUCACAGGAAUCAUUGCAACGUGUUGCGGAUGGAGAAGAAAAAUUUCAGAUUUUUACAUCGCAAGUAAAAUUUAGAGAUUUGCUUUCCAACUUGUUGGUAAGAGCUGUCUACAUGCUGUGAAUAUUUGCAUAUAGCUCGUCUGUAACCGGCUGAAGGUGAUUCAUCAGUAAUUGCUGGAAAUGAGAAUUUACUGAAACUUCUCAGGGGUGAAGUUUAUGAUAUGCUCAUAGUCAAAACAGAAAAAUGUUGGGGUCACCGAACUCGUUUCGAACAUAUGACAAGUGCAAUAUGUCACCUUUUCCCCCAUAUGGCGCCAUCUUAAGAGGGACAAUCGCAAUUGCUCAACCGUAAUUAAAUUUUUUCGACAAGGAUCCUACUAAAAAUGUUUACUUAGUGAUUAUAUGCAAGAAAACAUGUGUUUUAGCGAAAAAACCAUUGAUGUGCAUUGUCAUGGUGCAUUGUCUUUUCUCAUCUUCUCAGUCAUGUUAUUUUGGGAAGCAUGCGCGAAAAAUGUAAAACAUUAUAAGUUGCAGAAAUGAUUUUUCUCUUUAAAUGUAAAAUAAAAAGUAUGGUCACGGACCUUCGUAAAGGGUUAAACAUGCAACAUGACGUGGUUUAGAGUUGCACAGGAGACCUAGCCUGAGUAGCCUAAUCAAUGCAGAGUGUUUUUCUCUUUGCCCUUACUCUUUCUUUAUCACUUCACAUUGCAGUUCGACUUCAAAUGUUAGCUAGAAUUUGUUAUUAGAUAUGCGCAGUAAAAGUGCGCAAUGCAAAACUGAUUAAUCGCCUUAACAUGCGAGACAAAAAUAUCAGCAGUCUAUUUGCACAUAAUGCACAGAUAGCAAAUUAUUCCAUAUAAAAUACAUUGCCAUUUAUUGUCAUAAUGAAAACUAUUUUUGGAGUAGUUCCACUUACUAAUGUAAUAAGACUAAGAAGUAUAAGGCCUGUUUCGUUUGCCGAACCCGAUGCAAAUGACAAAACAAAGAGUUUAGGUCUUUACAAUAAAUUCAGCACAUUAGAAAACGCGACGUUGAACUGGGCAUAAAGGCCCACACAGACCGGACGCCAUUCGACAACGCGACGCGAAUUUUCAGUUUUUAAAAACAAAUAAAACCGUCAACGGAUAAAAAUUUUACAAGAUAUGCAGACCAAAUAGCUACAAUCGCUUAAGAGGUUCCGAAUAUUUGAAAAACAUAGAAAAAUAUUGAACUUAAAUGUAAUUGAAAAUUCACGUCGCGUUGCCAAAUCGCGUCCGGUCUGUAUGGACCUUAAGGCCUUUGCCGAAACUAAUGCAAAUGAACUCAAACAAAGAGUUUAGCUCAUAAGAUUCGGUAUGUGAAAAGUUUGGCUAAAUUUCUGAGUUUCAUUUGCUUACAGGGUGGUACUCGCCAAUUAGCGGAAGAGAAAAGGAGACAGGAGGCAAUGGAAGAUAAUUAUAAUCUUGUGUGGAAACAAGAUGGUUUUACAUCAGCACCUGUGAGAGAAAAACAAUCAUCCUUGGAACACGAAGACAGUGAUGAAAAGCAGAUAAGAAAGAAAUAGUAAAAUACUCUUUUGUCAGAAGUGUUAAAUGCCAUCUGACACGUCUGAACUAGUAUCCUUACAGUUAAAAACCUAAAACCUGCACAAUUCUGUUGUUGCACUCUGUUAUCAUUAAUUAUUUUGUUCUGUAUUACUGCAUCGGUUACCAAAUUACGAAGAAAUGCGGUGGUAAAAUUUAGUUUUCUUGGGGUUUUUCUGAUAAACUGCAAUAACUGUGACAAUGCCUUUUUCAUGCGAUCCACUUCAUGUUAAUACAUUAAUACACUAUUUUCCCAUAAUUUGGUAACCGCCAUGUUAAUACAGAACAAAAUAUAGUAAAUAAGAAGGAAACGGUCUGGAAACGUGAGUAUUCUCGGCGUGUAUUUGAUAUAAUCAGGCCAGUCUUAAUAUGUUGAGUUAUUCCCCAUGGAAUUCGUAUAGAAAGAAGAGGAAAACGUUUUUAAAUUAAUUGAAGACAACAUUUCACAUGAACAAGUGUAAAAACUAUAUAGUGUACAUAAGAAGUAUAAAUUUCAGAGUCAUUCAAAUACGAUAAUUUAUUAAACUGCAUGCACAAGACAGAUUUCUUGUUUUCUUGAAGCAGUUUUUCAAAACGUGUUUCUAAGAAACUCGGGAAUAUGAAAUUUCACUUCUCUUUGGAAGGUACAUGCAUGUACUGUCUAAAAAUCUUUAUCUACAUUCUCUAGUGGUUGUAUCUCUCAUUUUCAAGGUUUGUGAGUAGCGCGUUUAAGGAGUACCCGAAACACUCGCGAGUGACUCGCAUGGAUCUUGAAUGAAUUUAAUGUUACUUGAUGACUGCAAGAUAUACUAGUUAUUGUUACCAUACAGUAUCCGUUAGCUAGUUGAUAAAGCGACCAACGUUUUAAGCGACCAGUGUCUUUUCUCCUUACUAUGACUUCUCUUGUCCCGUUCUCUAUUCAUUCGUCUUUUCCUUGAAUCACUAUCACUACUUUCUUCACUGGAUGUUGACCGUUUUCUGCGAGUAUCAGUCUUGCUUGAAACACGUUCAUGUUUGUUGUUUUUAUCUGAAUCUUCUGAUGAACUCGAUCGUUUUCUCUCUCUAUGCUUUCUGGCAUUACCGUUUGUAUCCAUAUCCCGAUCAGGACUUUUAUCGUAUUCACGUACACGAUCAAUUCCCUUUUCUUCAUCUGAAUUUCUUGAUCGAUGCAGUGAUGAUUGAUGGUCCCAUCGAUUGGUUUCUGGUAACUCCGACGAUUUACUUCUAUUUUGCGAUGAAUUCUCCCAACGACUUGCAACACGAGAAUAUUCUUUAAGAUCCUCAGCUUGAUCAUCCCACCUACUUGGGACAUCAUUUUUAUCAUCAGACCUCCGCUGUGGUGAUCUUUCAGCCCGAUUUCGAGUCCUUUCCUCCGCUCUUUCAUCCUUACGUCUGUCCGACAGAGACCUGCUUCUUGAACGACUUCGAGACCAACGAUCACGCCUAUCAUUAUUUCGCCUGGGUUUUCUGUAUUCUGGACUUCUUGAUCUUUUGUAUGAUCUACGCGGUGAUCGACGUCUGCUUGAUGACGUUCUACGUUCACUUGGCGAUGGAGAUCUCGAUGGAGAUCUCGGUGGAGUGCGAUACAUC